GCCUGACGUAACCGGGUCGUUGUGUCUUUCUCCAACAAUCGUUCAGAUGGAGAGUUCACCUCGUUUUAUCAAAACAUUGCAGCCAGUAAAGUUCGGAAAGAAAGUGACAUGAGUACUCUUCAGCCCGAUGAAGGCGACGUAAGUGAAAGAGAGCUUCUUGUGGAUGACAUCCAGCGCAUUCGCGAAGCCCUCCGUGUUACAGCUGAUGCAGUCAACAAGUUGUCUUCUGAAGAUGAAGAAGACGAUGAAGAAGACGAUGAAGAGUUCGAAGAAGAGGAAGAAGAAGAAAAUGAACAACCUUGUGCUGAAAACGCAAGCCUGAAACGUAUGUUUCAUUUGUUGUUUUGGUAAAAUUUUUUAGGCUGGACAAAGUAACUGCCACGCACAACAGACGAUAAAUUUAUUGCAGUAAACAUUCUGGAACUCCCCAUUCCCAAUUGAAUCUAGAUUCACCCUUACGUCAAGAAGUAUCAUGGCUAUCUCACUUGAGUGGAGCUAAUUGCUGCAAAUGCUUCAGUGACGUAGGAACUAUUACACAAUACAGCGCCACCGAGGUCCACCUUGUCAGCAUGCUGAGUUAUAAUGACAGCAUGUAGAGUAGCACCAAUACUUUUUGAAGUAAAUAGUAACUAAAAAGAAAUAGGGGAUUAAAAAAGUUGAUGUGUCAACAAUUUUGUCGCCGAUUAUAGAUUGGUGUGAGUGAAUUAUGGGUACACACCGUACAUAACUUGUUUUUUCAAAUAGUCAAUUUCUAGCUAGGUGCUACCACACAGUAAAGGAAACAAGCAAAAUCUAUGAUAUAAAAGUUGUGUUAUGUGACAUAGUUUGAUGCUACUCUGGCUUGCAGAUUUAAUGAAUGUAACCGAAGAAGUUACAAUUCAUAGACCCAACGUUUCAACACUCCUGUCUAGUGCCUUCAUCAGGGGUGAUCUAAACACUGCAACAAGAGGUCCUUUUAUAUGAUCACUAAUUAGCGGCCUUUUUUUUUUUCUGACGAGGUGUAAAUAGGCGUCAGGAAGCAAGCCGCCAUCGUAAUUAGUGAUCAUAUAAAAGGACCUCUUGUUGCAGCAUUUAGAUCACACCUGAUGAAGGCACUAGACAGGAGUGUCAAAACAUUGGGUCUAUGAAUUGUAACUUCUUCAGUUACAUUCAUUAAAUCUGCAAACCAGAGUAGCAUCAAACUAUGUCUGAUUGUCCACCUGGUUGCCGUGUGAACUUUAAUAUAUUUUGUGUUAAUUUUCUUAUGUGAGCUAAAUCACAAGUUUUCCACUUUGACGUGUAUGUAUACCCAUAUCCCACAGAUCAAACUUCUUUCAAGUUGCCACAUCAGACAGAUAAUUUUCUCUCUGCUUCAGUGAGUAUUUCUAGUUGCCUCUUAUUACCAUAAACAGGUAAAUGUUACUUAUGAGAGUACAACAGCCGUAGAAGAAAAAUUGGGAUACCAGAAUUAAGAUCAACUCUUUUAGGUGGAACCUCAGCAGAGGUCAUGCUGUUGUGGUCCUAAAAGAGAAACUUUUCUCUUUUUUCUUUUUGUGGUGUAUUGUCAGCAAUCCACUCUGGAGCACAAGCAGUAUCAGCACUAUUACUUAUUUUUAGCAGAAAUCAGGAUAAGUUGUAGAAAUCUUGGUAGCCUUUGGCUUCAAGUUUUGGCACAGAUUAGGGAACUAGAUGGCCAUUAAAUCAGAGCACCAGUUGAAAAUAUAAAAAUUUGCCAUGUGUUUUGGGAACCAAACAAAAUUUUUGCAAGUUUUUUUGAAGUUUGAUUUUCAUGAUUAGUACAAUAUCAAAUUGAUGUAAUUUAACCCAUGUUUCUCGUAGAAACAUGGUUUUACACUCACCAGUGAAGGAGAAGUACUUCAGGAAGAGAAUUGUAAUGGGCAAGAAGAAUCGAAUGAAAGGACACCACUUGCCUUAACCUCUGUGGACAAUCAAGGACUUAUCAGUGGGUUGCCAUUCCAGGCACAAGUUGACACUGAUUCAUUGACAUCUCAAAACCAUAAUUUUUCUUCAGAAGAGGUCAUCUUGACUGAAUUACAACCAGUAUGUUUUCAACCCCCUGUUUGUAAUCUCAAUACCAGUCAAGGAGGACAUACUGCUAAUAGCUGGCCAGUGGAGUUGAACCAACAUCACCAUCAGCUACAAGAGGAGCAUGGUCCACAGUACAAUGAUGAUACUGACAAGGAGCUCGACUGUGAUUAUGGGAUGAGCAGUGAAAUUCAACAGUGCUUGAGUUUGAACAGAGACUAUCAAGUACAGUCUUUUAUUUCUUUUAUUUCUUUUUUGAAAGCAAGGUGCCUCAAAAUUUACCAAUCAUUCUAGCAAAGUAAACCAAAAUCAGUGUAAUCCUACUGAUUACUAUUGACUCUCAGCUGAAAAUGCUUGUGCCUGUUUCUCUACCUGUUGUUUAUUUCUUGAUUAAUUUUCACAUUUCAGUUGGUAAUAUUGGAUGAACUUGAAAGAAUAGAACAUGCCCUAAAACGGAACAAACAGAAGCAGGUACUGUUAAAUACACUGUAAAUGGUGAUUCUUUUUUUGUUUUUUGACAAUUUUUGAUAGCUUUUAACUUUAGUUACCUCACAUCUUUUAGGCAUCCGCUAAUAAUUUCUUACGAUGUUUUUUUAUUAAUAGUUUUAUCUUCACUGGCCUCAUGGAGAUACAAUGAUAACAUUUUGUACAUGGUUUAGUCCUGAGCACAUUUUUUUCCCCUUCAUGUAUACAUAUCAGGAAUUUGCAAAGUGGAAUUUUCACAAUUAAUUGGAAAUUGUUGAUUGGUCUCAUGCAAGCCAAUCAAAGCCCUCCAUUUAAUAGUACAGCCAUUUUUAACUCUCUACACCCUAACAAUAGAAUGCAUAUUCUUCAUAGUGUUCUUUAUUCUCUUUCUAUUGUUCUGGGUCCAGUUGUAGAAAGAUCGGAUAACGCUAUACAAUGGAUAAAUCGCUAUCCAGCAGAUAGGAGAUAGCAAAACAUAUUGCAUUAUCCACUGGAUAGAGUUUUAUCCAGUGGAUAGUGCCAUCUAACCUUCGAACAACCGGGACCUGAUAUAGAGAAUUUCAUUGACUAACGAGAGCUUCAGUCUUGAGUUUACUCUGACUUUUAGUUUCCCUUAUUCCUAUGACCAUAACAUGUGAUUCAGGGGUGGUGCUGGAAUGAGAAAGCCAAAGAUAUGCAUGCAGAACUGCUUGAAUGAGCAUUUAAAAAUGUUGCAUUUGGGUAGUUGGUGAUAACAGUUGAGUAAGACAAGGCAUUUGUUUACAUUUGUUGGUCUGACAUAAAAAUUUGUCUUGUUGUGAAUCAGAUGGGAUUGCAUCAAAUGAGAGCAAACAAAGAUGACACAAAACCUGAGCCUCAUACAUUAAUCAAGUUUGCCAAUCCUUAUUUUAAAGAUUCAAGUUCACUGGUAAGCUAUAAUUAAAGUUAACACACAUUCUUAAGAAUUUUUUUAAAAAAAAUAAUAAACAAUUGUUGUCCACAAAGACAGAGUGAAAGCUGAAUGUUGUCAAAUAGUCCAAAGACAAAUUGUAGGUGAUUAUUUGACAGUAAUGUCCAAGGCCAGAGGAGAAUGGCUUAAGUUUUAGAAUUGGUAAACACUGUACAAUGCGGUCAUUCACUCAGAUUGAUUGUUAGGGAAACUACAGUUUUGUUGCUUAUUCAGAGACAUGAAAGAAAUUAUUACUUAUAGGGCAGUCAUAUAGUAAACAAAUGGUUUCUCAGUAUCAUUACAACUUCAAUCUUCACUCUAACUGAGUGUCAGGUAGUUUUAAGCAUGCCAGUGUGAAAACAAUUCAAGAUAUUAAGUUAAACAUGGUUUUUUUUAUUACAAGUUAUGCAUUGUAUUUUAGAAAACAUUAUGAGAUGUGAUAUAUCACCUGAGCCUCGUGCUUAUUAGGGACCUCCAGAUAAUGAUGACACCAAGGUAAAGAGGCAAAGUUCUCAGGUUGGAGGCUACCAGAUUCCAUCCAGAUGCUGUAAGUCAGGUGUUAAAUUCAACUACACUGUCCAUCGUAAAAUCUUUGAAAAUGGCACACUGAAAAUGGGGAAAAAAGGGGAAAAAUAAGGAAGUUAUAUGUUUGUUUUCUCAAUAUCAGAGCAAUUAUCCAUGUUUAAGAGAUACUCAAUACCAAACAAUGUACAGAAAACACUAAACUUGCCUGAAUAUUUUCUCAGGAGCCAGUACUUGUUUUUCAGAGGGGCUAAUAACUCAGUGCCAAAGAAUCCGGAUCAAUGCCAGUAUGCAACUGCACAUCUUCCCCUCCCUUAGCCCAACAACAGUCGACUGAUAACAAGUUAGGGCUAAUGUGGAGUUGGGGAAGGGGUAGGUGUGUAGUUUCUUAGAUACUGACAUUGAUCCAAGAAUUCUUAAGUUCACUCUUUGUCUGACCUGAAGCAUAGAGAAUUGACUUGUUUUAAGUAUGGAGGGUGACACCAUUUUCAUAUAAUUUUUACUGUGAAUAAGUAAUGUUACUCCUAUUUCUACACGUGAUUUCUUAACCUUUAAACAACACAGGCAAGUUUUUCUUCCCUGGGAUAAUAUCUCCAAAGUAUUGGACAUGCCAAUAUUGGACAUGUAGCUUGGAACUUUGUUUUGUUGGUGAAGCACAGAUCCAGGUUAUCAGCUUAACAAAAUAAAAGAGAAACACAGUUAUCUUCACAAUAAGGUUUUUUAAAAUUUGAAGGGAAUUUCAAGGAGCAAAACAGUCUAGCUGAGGGAGUCAGAAUGCAAAAUUUGGAAAGUAAACUUUCCCCUGUGCUGCAAAAGUAAGUACAAAUAGAACUGGUAUAUUUCUCAGCAGAGGCUUAAGGAACCUAUUUGGUACCUCAAAAAUGAAAUGACCAACACCCAUCAAAAUAAUUGUAUUAAAUAAACUUAACUGGUUAGGCAUCAAAGAGGCUAUAAUUAUUACAGUUUGCCAUAAACACUGUACAUUCAGUAAAUAAAUAGUCAUUGUGUUUCUCCAGCCAACCCCUAAACCUAUACUAUGAAGGGCUCUGCUUUGCCCUAGAAUUUCCAUUGAUUUUCUUGUGGUAAGCAUGAAUGACAGUCUAUGUUACAUUUCAAUUCCUCUUUGGAUCAAACUUUUCAAGCUUAAACCUCAGUUACAGCAUCAUUAUGAAGAAUAUGAAGGUAGAGCUGCACCAGACAUCAGUUCUUAGAAUAGGGAACCAGGUUGAUAGAAAUUUCAGAGUGUUAAGUCCCCAAAUUUCUAUUUCUACUAUUUUUCCCUUUGGUCAUUUUAUGUAAUUUAAUUUUGUUCUUUAGGAUCAAGAAAUUGGAAGGUAAGAAAGAGAAAACUAAGAGGGAAUUGAAAGAACUUGAAGAUCUCAAGGCAGAAAGUGUAAGGAUUAGGUAUGUGUAAUCAGCUUGAUAAUUUUCUCAAUGAGUGCCCCUAGGAACAUCAAGAUUAGAGAUAAGAAAUCUAGAUCUUAUUGAACUCAGUGAUAAAUUCCUAGUAUAUUUUCCCCCCUGAAAGUUUACAUCUGUCCAUAUUUAUGACAACAAAGUAAUGAUACUGCUAAAUAGAAAAAGCAAAAAAAAAUGUUAACUGAAGAUACCUUAUUUCAAGCAGUUUCCUAAGAGCUUUUUGGUUACAUUUUAGAAAUUUAGGAAAGGAAACACUGGAACGAGAUCUAGAGGAUAUCGACUGGGACAAAUUAAGCAGCAAAUAUGUAAGUUCUUUAAACUGAAAUAUGUGGUUGGAUAAUAUAUAUGUUUUGUUUUGUAUGUUUACCUCACCCUAAAAGCCUGACACUAUUAGGAACAUGUGAAGAGAAACACAUUGAAAAAUAUAUUUUUUACUAGCUUCCAAAGCGAUCAGGACUUGAGUGCCGUUUGCAGUGGUGCAACUUUGGACAUCCUGAUGUCAACAGAACAGCAUGGACUAAAGAAGAAGACAAGAAGUUAAUAAAACUGGCAAAAGACCCCCAAAAUACCUGGGAUAUAAUUGCUCAAAAACUGCAGGUACAAAAAACUAUUUUACAAGCUGUUCCUUCCUUAAAGCCUACACAUUUUGUGCUUAAGAUGGAAACAUUCUCUCUGUACAAUAUACUAACAGCUUUUCUAACCUUAGUUGAAAAUCAAAGAGAAGGUAGUUGAUGCUAAUGAUAUAUCAUUUGUUUCUGUUUGUUUUCAGACCAAGCGCACACCUAUUCAUUGUUAUGAGCGUUAUCAGAGAAGCCUUAACAAGAAUCUUCUAAAGAGGUGAAAGACUGCUUACAUUUAAAGAAUCACAUGCACUGCAUGUGCUACAAGGAACAUUUGGUUCCUUAUCUGAGGUCCAUUGAAUAAUUAGGUUCCUAUUCUCUGAUAGUGUUGUCGGAUUGUCAAAGGGAGGGUAGAGCUUGAGAGGACUGUUGUUAGUAACGGCAACAGUCAUUUUGACAGCCUGGUUAGAAGUCAGUAUCACUUGACUUUGUGACUAAAGAUAACAUUCCUUCAGGUUUUAAAGACUACAGUCACCCCAACAAUCAGGCAGUAGAAUCAACUCUUGCCCUUGGGUUGAAACCAUGCACUGUAUUACAGAGUGAUCCACAUGAAGACACCAAAUUUGUAACUCAAGGCUCUCCAUCUACUUCUGAUCCUCCAUAUGACUCCAACACAAGUGAUUUAAUGAUAAUUGCAGUGCGGUCAUAAUGUUAGAAUCUGUUGAGGAAGUGUAGGAAACUUCAAAUCACAAAGCCAGUUCUCAGGCCCACCAGGAAAAGUUCUGUCUCCACCAAAAGAAAGGGAAUGAGGAAUUUUAAGGAGGGAAAGGAAAAGGUUUCAAAAUUCAUUUAGAAAUAGUAUAAGGCAGAGCUGUCCAAAUCGGUUCUGGUUUUCAAACCAAACACCUAUAAAAGGGUGCAAAUGUUUUCCGAUUGAAACAAUGUAAUGCAAGGUUUUUGUUCGUCUUUUUUAUGUUUUUGUUUGCGCUUUUUUGUUUUCUUUUUUCUUUUUUUUCCCUUGGCUUUAUCUAGUAAGUGGAGCCCAGAAGAUGACCAGCAGUUGCUUGAGGUUGUACGUAUUGUCGGCCUUGGAAACUGGCCAAGAGGUAGGAAAGGAAAACAUUUUUGUUUGCACAUUCUCAAUUUUUUUUUUUUUUUUUUUUUAUGGUGUUCUCUUUUUUAAUCAUCUGUUCACAUCUUUUAAUGGUUCUCUUCUUGAAAGUACUCAUACUCCCUAUAAAUGUUUUUUGAAAUUCCUGGCUGGGGUAAGGUGGGGUGGAGGGCUAAUGCACUGAAAUUCUCUAGGGAUGGGUGGUAUUCAUGUGGAAAAUUUUCCUGGGUUGUGAACAUGAAGCAUGUACAAGCUAAUCAGUCUCUUAACCAUUUACACCUGAACAUCAGUAUGUAUAUUCUCCAUACUGUUCUCUGUACAUUUCCUAAGGUGCUGACAUGGAGCAUUCGUUAUCGUAUCCGUAAUAUUUUACUCGGGGCAUGAUAUUGUAAGGAGAAAUGAGAUGCUGGUCACUCUUUGAGGUCAAAGGUUGAAAGUGCUUUUCCAGGUUAUGCCAUCCUUUUCUGUUUCUUUUUAAUCCUUGGCUUUCACCUUGGCAGUGGCCAGUUUCUUAGAAGGUCGCCAUGGAGACCAGUGCUUACACCGUUACACACAAACACUACAGAUGGUGAGGAAAGGAAAAUGGGAAAAACAUGAAGACGAGGUUGAGUGUUUUAGUCUCCCCUUUAAGGCGCUAACGUAUCGUGGUGUGUGGUGAAAAAAAUUGAUAAUAACUGGGGGCUUUUACAAUUGAAGGGAAAAAGAAAGUUCAUGAAAAUUUUCUCUGUCUCUGUUUUUGUUAGUGAAUGGUUUUGGCUACGUGCUUUAAAUAGUUUGUUUGUUGAACGUCUUGCUUUGAAACUUGGAAAUAAUUUAGACCCAGAGAGCUGCAAGGUUAUUUUUCUCCUUUGUUCAUGAAAGGAUCAAAAAUAAAUAUGCGUUGUUCCCUUAUGUCUUAACUUUCAAGCCAAGAUACUUUCAUUUUUAUUUAGAAUUAAACAAGUACUGGGUCAGAAUUUCUCCCCUUCUCCUCCUUUACGUUUUAACCCUGUGGAAUAAUUGACAAUUUUUUAUUUGUCUUGGGUUUUUAGCUUCUGAAGAAGGCUAUUGACAAGUAUGGGCCGUGUAACUGGAGUAAACUUUCUGAUAUGGUACCUGGAAGAUCAGGUCCUCAGUGUCGAGAAAGGUGUGUCACUAAGUUUCAAUCUUUAUAGGAAGAAAGCCUUGACCACUCACGGUUUUCUUUAAGAAGUCUUCUUCUCAUUAGCAAUUGUUUGGUGUCAUCAGGCAACCCAGUCUCCCUCCCUCCAAAUGGCUGACGCGAAGUAAAACUUCGGCCUACUAAUCCUCCCCUCUCUCUCAGCCAUCCACCAACGGGAAAUAAAAGAGGGAAAAGAAAGAGUUAUGUACGAUGUACGAGACAGUCUAACGUAUGUGGGUAGUUCUGUCGGUUUCUUUCUUUGCUUAUACUGAAAUAAUCAUCGUUAUUUGUAGAUGGGUAAAUGCUUUGGAUCCCAAAAUAGAGAAAGGACCUUGGACCAAAGAGCAGGACAAAGACCUUUUGGAAAAUGUGAACAAAUUUGGCAAAGGUUUGUGUACUUAAAUUGUGUGAGAAGAUUGUCUUUACUACAUAACUGCUUUCCGUUACCUUAUGUCCCGUUCUGCUGUUCUUUUUAGAUUGGAUGAACUCAGGCUACUUUCAAGCCUACAGAAGGGUCAAUAUUUUUAACUUAACUGCAAUUUUUAUUUUUGGCGUAAAGAGCUGUUACUGUAUGUUAAAGCUAACUAACACGGAAGAUAAAAUUUCGUUGUUCUCAUUCGGCGCUGAGAAAGAGGCCAGUUUUAGUGGAGAGCUGCAAUAAUAAUGUUGAGUCAGGACACCUCUGAGCUGUCAGUUAAAUUAUUUUCUUCACUGCUGACUUAACUUGCGAUCAGGCGUUCCUUUCCUCCCUCCUCUGGGAAGCACAAGAGUGAGCUUGGUCGACCGACUAGAGAAAAAAAAACGUGUCUUCUUUUUCUCCUAUCCUCUUUCCUUCCCUGGUGCACUCAUCCGUACAAAAAGGAAUUACCUGCUAACUCUGCCAACGCACGGAAAUGUUCGUCAAUCUCAGGUUACCACCCCUUCCCUUCCCCACAGCUUUUUGUCGCUUUCUCGUGACAGUUUACAAGUAUCCAUUUGUUACUCCUGAGUGGAAAGUGGUACGCCUAUUCCAAAACACAACACAAAUUACCGGCCAGGACUCCAACCCAGACUGAAAAAGCGGUUAAACAGCGCACUUACACAAGAUAACUACUCAGUCUGCGUUAGGCUCUCCUUUGGUAGAAAUAAGCGAAAGAGCGAUUACAAAGUCGUUGCUCUGACAACCACAACCCUCAUUGUUGGUCGGUGGCUCAUUCCCACAAAACAGGCUUGUCAUUGCUGCUUCCACAAACAAAUGCUUUCGGACAUUCCAAUUGACAAUCCCCGUCCCUGAUUACAACUAAUCAGAUGUUUGAAUUGUUUGCAGGAAAUUGGUCUAAAAUUGCACGUGCCAUGGGUAAUCGAACUGAUAAUCAAUGUUGGCGCCGAUGGAUUGUGAUCUGCAAGGAUGAUGUGAGUUACUUUCUCUCGUUACCAAGUUAAUAAACGUCUUCUACAGCGGAUGUAAAUGAAGGAUUAGUAAUUGUAGGCAGAUCUCACUUGCUGGAUCCUUCAGUUACUCCGCGUUGACCAAAUAGUUGGUCCCUCACUGUUUGGUCCCUCAGAGUUUGGUCCCUCAGCCGGAGUUUGGUCCCUUAGAGUCUAGACUAUCAGAGUUUGAUCCUUCAGAGUUCGGCGCCACGCAGUGUUUCCUUCCCUGACCGCACGAGCCCAGAGAGAGGGUUUAUUUCUGCAAUGUUUACAACUGAACCGUAUUCCCUCAGUUGUUGUAUACUCUUUGCAUUUGAGAUGAGCACGUGUUGAAAGGAAAAAGAUGAAACAGACUUUAACAGUGUACUCCAAGAUUCAUCAGGUAGUCACCAACAUGGCAAACCUUCUUUAGAGUGCUUUUAACAUAAAUACCAAGGUUAUCACAACGGUUAACCAUGAAAGUCAAUAUCACAAUAAAAAAUCGAGUGGCCAGGUCGCGGUUGGUUGUUAGCCUCGUUCAGAAUUUACUGGGAGACUGGCGCGUGUUUUAUAAAUCAAGUACACUGCGCAGUUAUGUAGGAGAGAGCAUUCCAAGGUUACACUCAUCACAAAAUACCUAAAAUGUCGUGAGUAAGUUGACUGUAAGCUGCCGUUACUUUAAAAAAAAAACAAACUUGCGACUUGAGGAGAAUUUGUGUAUCGUUGUCUUCAGAGGUGUGGUAGUUCGAAUAGAAUCGCUCAUUGAAAGGAUUUUUUGUUAUUCCUUGCAGUCGUUACACUAUCGUCAAAAUACACUUCGCAAGAGAAGAGAACUGGUAGCCAACUUCACUGGAAGAAGACAAGAAAGACCGGAACUUGAACCUGAGGUAAGCGUUGAAUGACUUCUAUCUUUUUACUGCCUUCUACUUGUGAAGUUGCGAAUAUUUUCUGAAAUUAAUCGAACAAGAGGUAAGAAAAGCCAAUACAGAAGUUACAAGACAAAUUUAUUAAUUUUGUAGUAAAGUAUACAGCGAAUACUCAUUCACAAAGCACAUAUGCCGUUAUCAAUGCCGCUUCUAUUGAAAGGCGUUGCUCUUGGCCACCUAUUCGUGUUCUUGAUUGUUGGUGGUUCAGGGAGUUUUUGUUUAUCAGUGUUUACCUGGCUUUUAUUUUAUUUAUUUAUUUUUUUUACUUUCAGGAUCUUGACAUUCCAGAUAUCCCUGUUGUGGUAAGUGCGAUUAAGUCUUGUUUAAUCUUUUCAGUGUCCCUGUAAGCAGUCCCUCAAGAGGGGAGGAUAGGUUUUCCCGAAAAUUGCAGGGUACCAAUUCCAAACCAUCAAGUCGAACAAGAAAUCGAAGAGAAAAUUCGAAAUGUCGGCCAAGAAUGCUUCCUUGAAAGUAACGAGAUCAACGAACGAAUAGCAAGUAACUGUCAUUAGCCAUACAGCCAUGUCACAAUUCGGGCUUCCUCAAAGAUUUCAAAUAACACAGCGGUAAAAUACAAGGCAUGCGUAUAUACGUCAAUUUUGUCCAGUCUUGCGCCAAUUUCUCGCUCAAAGUUAUAAAGGAAAAUGUAAGAAACAACCCUCUGCCAUGCAAUAUUUAGGAAAUGAAUUUGAAAUGUGCAUCGAAGUCUGCAAAAGGAAACAAAAGGAAUUGGAAACAAAACUUGGCACUUUCUUUAGACAAAGUUGUUUAUUCACGGUUAUUCGUUUGGUUCACCAUUUUGCCUUGAGCUUCGUCAAAAGCACGGUUUAAAAUUGCCAUGACAUCGUAAUUUGUGGGGUUGUAUAGUGUGGACGCGCUAUGUCGGGCCGCUUCGUAGGACACUUGCGCGUCCUAAUGUUCGUAUAUGCCCAGACUUUCGACCGCCUUGUGUCGUCGAACACUUGUUACCGUGACCGUCAACGCUCUUCUUGCAUGACCUCAUAUUACCAGUGGAUGAGUAAGGUUGCCAAUGUACAGGUAAUGGUAGGGGGGAAUCUUCGAAGGCAAGGAAAAAGCAAUGAAUUUUUAUUGGAUUCAAAUUGACAUUUCGGAGAAAAGUCUCGGGAAAUUAAAAAAACAACCUUGCUGAUUGGUUGAAUUGCGAGCAGAAGCAUUUUAGGUCACCCGGAUCUUAACGAUGUUCAGAUUAACGGUUAAGGUAUGGGAAGGUUGAAUAGUGAUGUCGGUGGUAUUCACGUAAACAGUACCAUAAUUUCAUCUGUAUGUAGAGGAAACGCAAAGGACGUGCGCCACGUCCCAUUGAAGAGGCUCGUGCGAUGAGAAGAGCGACUCAGAGAAAAUUCAGAGAGAAAAAACGAGCGGAGAGACGAGAAGAAGAAAGAAUCAGAGCUGAGGAAGAAAAAGCUGAAAAAGAACGUAAAAGAGCUCAAAAGGCCACCAUUAAUGGUGGUGGCGACCAAAUUGAGGCAGAGAGAAUGAAGGUUCAGGAAGAAAGACCUGGAAAGGAAUGUAAAGAAGGGCAAAAAGAGGCAAAUACUGGCAGUGAAGAGGACAAGUUCCCGCGCACAAGGAAAGCGGUUGGUUCUCAGUGUCCUUAUCCAGUUUUGAAUAGUUUUUCUGCCUUAAUUCUUAGUAUCAGAUUAGCAAUUGUCGCUUCUAGUCAGCAUACAUUUCUUUAUAAUUUAGUUACCUCUCCAAGCAUUACCUCCAAACACUUGGAAAAAAAGAUGAAGUUAUCAAUUAGGGGUGAUACCUUGCUAAAACAUAAACUUCUCCUAUGCAAAUUUAAUAGAAACACGCUGCAUCUUGGACAGGGAAUUAUGUAGCAGUUGUUGUAAAGGAAACGUUGACACACUUUCAUUUACCUUCCAAGAGGAAUGCCCAUACUGCAAGUCGUGUCCUGUUACAGAAACCCACGACUGGGUGCGGCAGUAACCGUAAGACUUAGCCGAUGUAACCCUCCUACCUGUUCGGGAGGUCGUUAUUCUAUAUGUUCUCCCACAGAGGAACGUUGCAGGAUAUUACACAAGGAGACUUGUUUCCUGUUCUUCCCAUUUUGCACCCGUGGAAGGCUAAAUGAUAAGUACAGUAGCCCCUCACAUUUCUAUGUUUUGCUUCCCUACAGGGUGGAAACAGAAACCGAGUUCAGCAGCCUCAUCACCGUGUUCUUAUGCGCGACAAACAGCUGUCCAAACGGAAGCAAGUUGCCGAGAAAAAAGAGCAACGUCACACGAUAAGCAGUGGCGGAGAGAAGCAGGUGGCGGUAUCCGGCUCGUUAGGGCCAUUCUCGCUUCUUCUGCAGGUAUGCAGACAUUGUACUAGAAAUAAACAGAUUAGGUUCACUUUCUGAAAAAGCUAAGUAAACCUUAUUUUCGCUUUUCACGCUCAACCCUUUUAAUUUCCAGUCGAGAUGAGCUUGUAACUUCUCCCUACAGAAUCAUUGUCUAGUUUACAGGUAAUGAGAAUAGACAAAACUCUCGAGUAAAGAGUGUUGCACCAAUUUUGAUAGCGUUUAUUCGAUUUUUGGUAGUAGAAGAGUCAAUCUCCGCAACUUCGACACAUGGUUGUUUUGUUGUAGAUUUUCUUACCACUUGUUGCCUCACGGAUAAAGGAAAAACAAGGGUAGCCAUAGGAAUAUGCCAGUGUAUCACAAUGAGAAGACAUGUCGCUCUUACACACGUAUUUUAUAACGGUAGAAAUGCCUGUUCAGCCGAAAACUGCGUCGGACUGUUAAAGUUUCAAACGACGGAGGAUAAUGAUCACAUAAAAUAUACUUUUAAAAAAGUAAUUUGUAAUAUUUUUGUUUGUGACAGUUUGGCCUGCAAGCCAAUUUUUCCAAUGUUAUUAUGGAAAAAUAUUAUCGUGUAACAUCAGCUUUUCCUUUAACGUUCCUAGGCGUUCAGUAUCGACAUUGCCACAGUCCUAAAAGCUAUUCAGCAGACCGGCACGACUCCAUCCUCCGUAUCAUCGACAAGCACCAGUGUUGGCCCUAACACUGGCGCCUCUGUGGAGAGCAAGGAAGUUAAUUCAAAUGAAGAACAGCCUCAGGGACAAACGUGCGGUGGUGUUGAAAGAAUGGAGGCUCAAAGGGAAACCGUUGGCAAUGAAACUCUCAAUCCUGACUUGCAUAUCUCCACAUUAGACAAACAAACCUCAGUAGUGGCAAAAAAUCACGAAGAGGCUGAACAAUCUACCGACACUGAAUCACGAGUUAAUAAGGAAAAACACAGCGAAAUUAGCGAUACCCUUGAACUUGAUAAUACAGAUACGGAAUCAUCUCUUCACAAAGAAAUUCCAGAUACCAGGACCAAUAAAGAGGCACCCGGACCAGGUGAAAAUGCCCAUUCUGGCUCGGAUCGAGUGGGAGCUUUAAAUAAACCACCUGCAGCCGGUUCUGCUGUUCUAGCAAGCCAGGCUGCGCGCAGGCGUGCACCGGCGAUUCCUCCUCUUCCCCCGUGCUACACAACGCUAAAAACGUACAAGUCCCUUCAACUGCUCCGCCCUCAUUUGCAGAAAAUCGCCGCCAUGCUAAAAACAGUUCCCAGAGUUAGCGGUACAGUCUCAUCAACUUUUGGGCAGUCUUCUUCAUUAAACAAAUCCGGUAGUCAUGGGAACGAGGAGUCAAGUGGGACAUCUGGGUGUGGAAACGAGGUUACGGGUGCAAAUCAACCGAAUCGUUCUAAUUUAGUGAACAAAACUGAUGAUAACGAGGGCAGUUUGGGCGGUGAAAUCGCGAACGAUCGCGAUGUAUCACUUGAAAAUCCACUCGAUAAAGAAGGGAACAAUGUGUCAGAAUUGAAUAACGAAUCCUCUAUAUCAGUUGGCCACGAGGCUAAGCUAUUAGAGGGUACUGAAACAGCGGCAGCGCAAAGUCGCUUUAAUCGUAAUGGGAAAAAAGAAACACUGUCAAGUGAAAAUCCUAGUCCUUCACCAAUGAGAGUCGUUACACCAACGGCGACAGUUAACGAAAAAGGAAACGGAUCAUCCACAACCGGUUUUGUGACCAACGGACUUGUUCAGAGCAAUAGACAACAGGCUGAAACAGUCAUUCCUUUAAAUAACACUUCAUAUCGAAAUUCCUACGAGUACAGAAUGCUAUCUUCGCGAUUCAACUCUUUAUUCUGUUGGCCAGCUCUCCUUUCGAGAAUUCCAGUUAAUCGUUCUUCUCAAAUUGGACCUGUUUUCGCUGAGAGGCAUCCUCCUCCUAGAGGGGGGAUCCAGAGCACAAAACCUAAAAUACUGACCUUUAGGCGUAAACAACGUGGCCUUGCUGCAGUGAGAAUGGCCUCUUCGGCGUCGUUUUCGACUCCGGGCCAACAGAUGGUCUCAUUGGGACAAGGAUUUGCUAUAAAGAAGAAUGUCCCACCCACUCAGCCGCACAAGGAAACGUCCGGGUCGAAGGAUGUGGUCGUUGCAGCUUCUCAGUUGCUAUCACUUCAAGAGUCGACUCGAUCGUUAUCAUUGUCUACUGCCAAGAAUAGACCUUGUAACACGCGUCAAAAUAAAAGAAAGAUUACCCCUAUAAAACGAUAUUCCAACCAAGAGUGCGAAGCCAAAAAGAAAAAAAUUGUCCUCAGUUCGGAUUCGUAUUCUUCGCCUUCAGAGGAUGAUGACGAUGACGAUGACGAUGACGAAGACGAGUCCGAUUAUGUACCUGGCAAGGAAAUCCGCAACGUUAGGGAAUUUCGUCCAGCACCGAACACGCGCCGAUCCUCUUUACGGAAUAUGGUGCCCCAAACUCCGAAAGAUUCUCUAUCAAUAUCAAGCGUCCAGGCCGGCGCGUCCUCUUCUACCACAGGAAAUGUAGCUAAUAACGCCGAUGAAAUUAUCUGGGAUGAUCAUGGAAACUCAAUCGAUCACAAUACGAAUGAAACUGGGCCUUCGUUUCAAGGCGACAUCAACGAAAGAGUACGCCAAGUUGAGGAAGUAUCGGAACAAGAUGUAAGUGAUGUCACCAGACCGCAGAACAACAAUACAAGCAUCUCGUCAUCGAAAGGGAAUGCGAUGCCCAAAAGAACUGGGGGAGCUCGCUGGAGAGCAAUGCUCCCGAGAGUUAAUGAUCCUGGAGACACUGACGUCGAUACAGAGUAGAAUAUGCUAAACUUGCCGAUGUUCAAUCUAGUUUUG